AUGUCCGUCGCAACCUCGAUUCCCGAUACUUCUCUGGGCCUCACUUCCUCCGAAAUCCAGAUCCUCCGUCAACAACAGCAGAUUGCGCUUCAAGGAGGGGGCCAUGCCGGUAGUGUCUCCAGAGGCCGCGGCUCUGGCCGCAAUAGCAAUUCCAGCUCCCGCGCGACCAGUGCCGCGAGCAGUCAGGGUCGCCUCUUGCUCGACCCUAUGAGCCUACGAGCCUUGUCCCAUCAGUUGGAUUACCUCCAGGAGCAGAUCAGCCAUCGCCUCGAACAUUUAGAAGAACAAAUGCAGAUGUCCAUACAGAACAGCCGUGACCGAGCCGGCAACGUCAUUCGUAACGCCGACGCGGAAAUCGCGCGCACCCGUGCCAUACUCACGUCAAUCGAGGACUUGGAGAAUGAGCUCGCUAAGAUUGGUCAUAUUCGAGAGAUUGUCAAGUCCUUUCGUGCUCGCAUCGAGAGCUAUGAUCAUCGUCUCGACCAGGCUGCGCGUCGCCGUUAG